GAGCGGCACUUUGUUCUAACGCCACUGGCUGGAUACACAACUCGCCGCGUCUCCGCCGAGUGAACGCGUCCGUGAAAAAUAAAAAAUAAACUUUUAAAUUUGGAACUGUCAGUUUUGGCGCGCUUGUUUUGAAUUCGGUUGUGUGUUGUUUUUCAAGAUGGAGGGUUGCGGCAGUAAAUGUAUAAAGUAUUUGCUGAUCGUCUUCAAUGGAUUGUUUAUGAUCUUCGGCAUCGUCAUAAUAGCGACAGCAUGCGUGGACAUGGGCAUGAUACAGGGCUUCGCCGAUAUGCAAACCGGGCAUGAAACGGACGCCGUUCUUAUAGCAGUCGGCGUUCUUAUUAUCAUAGUGGCUGCAUUUGGGUGCUUUGGCGCGUGGAAAGAGAGCCCCAAGCUUCUUUAUAUCUUCGUUGGUUUACUGAUCAUCAUCAUCCUCCUGGAGCUGUCAGUGGGCAUCGCGGCGGCAGCGCUCCGCCCCCAGAUCGAGGAAUCCAUGAAGGCCAACCUACGGAAGUCCUUCAUCAACAACAAGUCGCUGCGCGAGGAGGAUAACGAUUAUCGUGCCUUCUGGGACCGCAUUCAGUCUAACCUCCAAUGCUGCGGCAUCACCGGCCCCAACGACUACCGCGCCAACGACCGAGGCCAGCCCGCCAUCAACCCCACCUACAGCUGCUGCCCUCCUGACAACUCCGACCAGUCCGCCGAGAUCAAGCGCUCCGAGUGCCUUAACGCGGGAUCGUAUUACGAGCAAGGGUGUGAGGAUAAGGUGCUCAGUGCGAUCCAUAGUGCGGGACUGAGUGUUAUUGUUUGCGGGCUACUCUUCUGCUUUUUGGAGGUUGCUGGUAUCGUCCUCGCCCUCUGGUUGGCGCACGCUAUUAAAACCCAAGGAAAGAGCCGAGAAUCUGCUUAAGUAUUUACUUGAAUUAUAUUGGAAGAAAAAAAAAUGUCAGUAUU